CACAAGAGAGAAAACAGCAGGUCUUUUUUUGUCCUUUGCUUACAUCAAUAUAGCCACACCUACACUGUGGCCUGGGGAUUAGUUACUAACACAACACACACACGCACACACACACACACACACCACACACGCACCACGAGAAAAGUUCAGAUGAUAUUUCGAACAAUAAGACAGCUUCUCAUACUUUCUCCAGGAUGAGGAGGACAAUUCUUCUUCUUCUACUUCUGGUUUGGCCCGAGACCUCCUACGGUAAAUGGGCACGUGAAGAAGAGAAAGAUGUCGGGAAAAAUGAGCGAGUGCUCAUUCGAUCCAAGAGGAGAUGGGUGUUGACUACGAUUGAACUAGAGGAGGAAAGUCCCGGACCUUUUCCUGUAAAAAUAACGAAGUUGUUCAACGAUAAGCAAUCAAGCCAUUCUGUCAGGUUCAGCAUUACUGGCCACGGGGUGACGGAAGAGCCAAACGGUAUAUUAAGCAUAGAUGAAAAAACUGGUGACGUCUUCAUGCACAAGUCAAUAGACAGAGAAACAUAUCCCAUUUUCCAUGUGCAGUUCAAUGUACACGAUAUAGCAACUGGUCAGCUCCUUGACAACACGUUGUCCUUCGAUGUGGCCAUACAAGAUAAGAAUGAUAACGCACCUCUGUUCACUCCUCAAGUUUUAAAUGUAAAACUUCCGGAGAACAUAAAUGAAGGUGAGUUACCUUUUUCUCUGCAUGCGAGCGACCGAGAUGAAGAAGGCAACGAUAACUCCCGCAUAUCCAUGAGGAUAGUGUCUCAGCAACCUCCUUUGCCCAAACUGUCUCUGAAAACCCCAGACAAGAAGUUCUCAAAGCUUGAAUUCAGCGGAUGCUUUGAUUAUGAUAAAAUAAGGUCUUACAGAAUUCUCGUUGAAGCACGAGAUCACGGAAAGCCUUCACUCUCAUCCACUGCGACGGUUAAUAUCGACAUCACCGACUCCAACACUCACACACCUGAGAUUGCUGCUCCAAAGCACAUUAUUGAGGUUAAUGAAACAGAAACCAAUAAGGAAAUUUUAAGGAUUCCUGUGAAAGAUAAGGACAAUCCUAACACUCCAGGAUCCAGAGCAGUGUUCACUAUCCUGAAGGGUAAUGAGGACGGCAACUACAAGAUUGAAACAGACCCACUUACCAACGAAGGAGUUUUGACUGUCAUCAAGGCAAAGGAUUAUGAGAGAACUACUCUAACUGAACUGGAAAUAGGAGUAGACAAUGAGGAGCCAUUAUUUUUAUGCGCUGACGGAAAGCCAGUUAGUCCCAUUCCAGAGACUUUAAAAAAUAACAGCAAGAUUAAAGUCCCUAUCAAAAUCAUUGAUUUAAAUGACCCACCUGUGUAUCAGAAUUUUAUUAAAACGAUUUAUUUAGUCGAGGAAGAAGAACCCGGACAAGUGUUGUACACUCCCGUAGUCACAGACGAAGAUUCAGACCCAAAUAAGAUCAGGCACGAGUUAGUAGAAGAUCCAGCUAAAUGGGUGUCCGUACACCCAAAAACAGGCACGGUUUCCGCGAAAAGGAAGAUGGACCGCGAGUCUCCAUACGUCAAAAAGAAUACCUACACUGUCGUGAUGCGAGCAAUAGACGAUGGGAAACCUCCUGCCACAGGUACAGGGACUCUUGUGGUCCAUCUGAGCGAUAAGAAUGAUAAUGCACCUCGUCUAACCAUCAACAGUACAUCGCUGUGUGUGAACAAAUAUGACAGUGUUGAUGUAAUACCAGUGGAUGCAGAUGAGUAUCCAUUUGGUGGACCCUUCACCUUCAAACUUGGUAGUGACGAUCAGAAGCUGAAGAAUCUGUGGAAGCUUCAUCCAAGCUCAGGGGACAAGUCCGCAUUGAUUAGCCUGACAAGUCUGCCUUACGGGACAUACACUGUUCCACUGACGAUUGCAGACCAACAGGGGUUGCCAACAAAUGAAAAUUUUGAAGUGGUCUUGUGUAGAUGCGCAAAAGAAAACGUGUGUGAAGACUUCCUACCUCGAUCCUCCACCCUCCAUGGAGCAGCUAUAGGAAUUCUAUUGGGAGCACUGCUCUUAAUGGCUCUUCUGCUCUGCCUUUGUUUCUUCUGCGAGUGUCGAGAGAAAAAAAUCUUCAAACAAUACUUGCAAUUUGACGGAACCCAAACCCUGGUGGCCUACAAUGAUGAAGGAGGAGGUUCAAGCUGCAAGACUAAUCCAUUCCUCCCGAGUCCAAUUGACAAGAAGAAUGUACUUAAAGAACAGCUCUCCUCCAGCAGUUAUUUUAAGAACUCGAAGAGAGAGAACGGUGUGCAGCUAGACAAUGAAGUUAAUAUAGCUGACUCGAGGAACCUCUACGGAAUGUCGACAACCUGGACCAGAAAUAGUAGGAAUAGUGCAUAUGACACUGUUUGGAGUGGGAUGAGCAGAACCUUCAGCUUUAACAUGGAAGACCUCCUUCAAAUGAGGCUCUCAAAACUUAAUAAGGAGCAUCAGGACUUCCCUGAAUAUCACCCACAGAAUUACAACUCCGAAGGGACUAACAACGACACCGUGUCACUGGACAAGCUCUCUAUCCGCAGCGCUAAAAAUGAACUAGGACUUUUGCAGAAUUUGGGGCCAAAAUUUAACAAUCUGGAAGAAAUCUGCCAAGAAGCGAUAAAAGAGAAGAAGAUUAAGCUGUAAUUAUUCUGAAAGUUAUUUGCUUUUCAACUUUUUGAGCAGUCCUUUUUCUCAUCUUCACAUCUUAUACAGCUUCACUAUUUUAUAACAAUUUCUCUUCAGAUAAAUACGUCCAGUAUAUCUUAAGUAAAUAAUGAUUUUGUUACAACAGACUGAAAAUCAUGACUUAUACUGUAGGUCUAGUAAAAGCUAAAUUUGCUCUGAUUUCUAUCCCUGUCAGCUCUUAAAUCUUGGCACGGCAGUCGAGGUGUUUUGUUUUCUUCUUUCAAUUUGUUUUCUAAUUCUCUUCAAUUCUGGUUUGUUGAGCUUGAGCCUUGUUUUCGCUUUUCAAUAUUUGUUUCGAAUCAGUCUCUCAUGAUUGGAUGAUUCCAUUCCCCGGUUUCUACUUCCUACUUUAUUUUAGUUCUUAUUCUAAACUGUUACCUAAAAUUCCUUUCACAUAUUGUGUGUAAUCUAUCUGAAUGGAUCCCUGGUGUUUUUGUUUCCCCUUCAUGCCUUUCUUCAGGCAGGUGAGAACGUCCCACUCAGGUGUGGGCUAUGAGAAAUCGUCCAAAAGGGUCUAAGAAAUCUGUUCAAUUGGUCCACUUGGUCAAAAAUCACUGCUUUCUCAUUGUUAGUUAUUGAAGGAUUUGAAUGAUCAUAUAUUUUCCUCUACCUGCUAUGAUACAUGUUUAUACUGUUUGUUGUUAUGAAUGGUAUUAAACAUAUGCUUUUAGAGACA